AUGGGCACUGAACAGAGCGUCAGCCGAUUGGACUAUGUUCCAUUAUGGGACGGCCUUGAAGUUCAGCCAGCCAAGCUAAAGCAAAAAGUACAUAAGAAGAUUCCUUUAUUCAAAACUGCAUACCAUGGAGUUUGGUCUUUUGCUUACCCUGACUCUGUUGCGCCAGAACCACGCGUCGGGCAUGCCUAUAUCUAUGAUGCUUCAACUGAGAGUAUUGUUAUUGCAUACGGAUAUGGUUCUUCUCAAAGGUAUCUUAAUGAUAUUUGGAUGUUAAAUAUUGCAACGAAUAAAUGGACUCAAAUAAAAGCCAAUUUAUUGUCUCCACGAUCUUACCCAUCCGGAACACUUGUUGGUAGACAAUUUUAUGUAUUUGGCGGUGAAUGCAAUUCGAAAUACUACAAUGACUUACAUUCCAUUAAUUUGGAUACUGGAGAAGUACGUAUAGUUGAAGUCCCAGGUAUUCAACCCUCUCCAAGAUCAUCUGCUGUCUUUUUUGCAAUUCCAGAUGCGUUAUUUCUUUGGGGAGGCUCUACAAAUGGUCAAAUUCAUAGCGGUGUACAUAUUCUUCGUGCCAAUGCUGAUGGCUGGCAUCGCCAUGAGUUAAUGCACACAGGACGUGCAGCUCCAGCAUAUUGUACACAUCGCGGCUGUUAUUACAUUUUCGGGUCAAGUAAAGGUCACGGUAUAAUCAAAUUUGACCCACACAAAAAGUCAUUCGAGUCUCUACAUUGCACAGGAACAGAACCAUCUCAUGAAAUGUCGCAUGCCGCCAUUUGCGGAGUUAGUGACUAUCUUUUCGUCGUUGGCGGAGAGGCAGAAUCAUCAUUCAUGCACAUCUACGCACUGGACCUCAACAGAAAUUGGUGGUUCGCAUUUCAUGUCCGACCAGACAUGGAAUCGCUCGGUCCUGAGGACGGAGCCAUCAAUAAAGUUGGCCUUUUCAUGUUGCCGCGCGAACAUUCCGCGACACUUGUCUACCACGAGAAAACAAGAACUCUCAUCUCGACACUUGGCUCUAAAAUGCACAACCCACCUCCAACGUUCCAUCUGUCGAUAGGACAAGCACUCGCUGCUUUGCAUAUGAGGAGUGAUAUGUAUGAUGUUCUCCACCUUAGCCUGCCGAAGAGUUCUUUAACUGCGGAAGUUGAUGCUGAAUAA